AUGCCGCAAGGUAGUUCUGUGAUAAGUCCCUGGAUUAAUUUUCUCCUUGCCCUGUUUGUGUGUUUGUGUUUCCCUGCUUGGAACGAGAAGGGACGGAAGGCUCAGCUCUUUGAAAAUGGAGAAGGCUCCAAGGAUUCAGACAGCUCAGCAGGUCGGCGGGGCGGCUUGAGCCGGAAGCACGGACGAUGGAGGAGCCGCCCAGACAACCCAGGCGUCCUAGUGGCCAAGGUGGUGAGAGCGGUCACAGUGAAACACAAGCCUGGGCGCCGGUUCCCAGUCUAUUUGGACUCCUCGAGUCAAAAGAACCUGACGGAGCUCGGGCCGGAUGCCCAGUUGGCCGUGUUCCAGCAGGGUGACACGGGCAGCGUGGAAGGGGCGCCACAACCCACGGAGAACAACUUCACCCCUAAAUGUGAGAUCACGGGCAAAGAUGCCUUGUCCGCAUUAGCCAGAGCCAUCAGUAAGCAGUGCCAGCAGGAGAUUGCCAACGUGGUGUGCUUGCACCAAGCAGGGAAGCUUAUGCCACGCUCUGUACCCCGGCAGUGCCAACUCUCAGGGAAAGUCAGCCCCGUGAUCCAGUGGGAUGACAGCAGGAUGCUCCAGGCCUCUGUGAGCAACCCAGUCCGAAUUGCCUACAUGCUUGUAGUUCAUGGGCGAGCCAUCCGCCAGCUGAAACGCCUCAUCAAGGCUGUGUACCACCAGCAACAUUUCUUCUAUAUCCAUGUUGACAAGCGCUCCACGUACCUGCACCGUGAAGUUGUGGAGGUGGCCCAGCAUUACCCCAACAUCCGGGUCACGCCCUGGCGCAUGGUCACCAUCUGGGGAGGGGCCAGCCUGCUGAAGAUGUACCUGCGGAGCAUGAAGGACCUGCUAGAGAUGACAGACUGGCCCUGGGACUAUUUCAUCAACCUCAGUGCCACAGACUACCCUACUAGGACCAACGAGGAGCUGGUGACAUUCCUGUCUAAGUACCGGGACAAGAACUUCCUGAAGUCUCACGGCCGAGAUAAUGCGAGGUUCAUCAAGAAGCAGGGCCUAGACAGGCUUUUUCAUGAAUGUGACACUCAUAUGUGGCGACUGGGUGAACGGCAGAUCCCUGAGGGCAUUGUGGUGGAUGGUGGCUCAGAUUGGUUCGCCCUCACACGUAGCUUUGUGGAAUAUGUGGUCUACACCAGUGAUCGACUGGUCUCCCAGCUGCGGCAGUUCUACACCUACACGCUUCUCCCAGCAGAGUCUUUUUUUCAUACCGUCCUGGAGAACAGCCAUGCCUGUGAGACCCUCGUAGACAACAACCUCCGGGUGACAAACUGGAACCGCAAGCUGGGCUGCAAAUGUCAGUAUAAGCACAUUGUCGACUGGUGUGGCUGCUCGCCCAAUGACUUCAAACCGCAGGACUUCCUGCGACUGCAGCAACUCUCCAGACCCACGUUCUUUGCCAGAAAGUUUGAAUCCACCAUCAACCAGGAAGUCCUGGAGAUCCUGGACUCUCAUCUCUAUGGUAACUACCCACCUAACACACCAGCCCUCAAGGCCUAUUGGGAGAGUGUCUAUGAUCGUGUGGAUGGGCUGAGUGGGCUCAGCGACGUCACCCUGACUGUGUACACAUCCUUCUCCAGGCUGGGGCUACAGAAAGUGAUGUCUACGCCACCGCAGAGAGAGGAGAGGCUUUGCAGGUUUGAGCCACAGGGCUUCCCGUCCAGUGUGCACCUCUAUUUCUACGAUGACCAUUUCCAGGGCUAUCUGGUGACUCAGGAAGUGCAGAAUUCUGUAACUCGGCAGGCAGAAUCUUUAGAGAUAUGGAUGAUGCCUCGAGGGGCUCUGAAGCUGGCAGGUCAUGGCAGGCAAACUAACCGUUUGCAGAAUCUCGAGGUAGGCACAGAAUGGGAUCCCAAAGAGAGGAUCUUCCGCAACUUUGGUGGCUUGAUUGGGCCUUUUGAUGAGCCGGUAGCCAUGCAGAAAUGGGCACGAGGCCCCAAUCUCACAGCCACUGUUGUCUGGAUCGACCCGACCUAUGUCAUUGCCACGUCCUAUGACAUCACAGUUGAUGCAGAGGCUGAGUGCACACAGUACAAGCCGCCCCUCAACCGACCCCUCCGUCCGGGAGUGUGGACCAUCCGUCUCCUCCAGUUUUGGGAGCCAUUGGGAGAGAGUCAGUUCUUAGUAGUCCCACAGACCUUCAACCACAAGCAGCCUCUGAGGAAAGAUGACAGCAAAUGGCUGCACGCCGGUCCUCCCCGUAAUGAAUACAUGGACCAGAAUUUCCAGGGCCUGGCUGGGAUCCUGAGCCUCCCCCGUCUAGAGGAAAAUGGGAGAGGCUCCCAUCAUCAUGCGCAGCUGGUGGGCCAGGCUCUAGAGAACUGGACGGACAGCAGCAUCAGCAACUUCUGGACAGUGGCUGGCCUCUGUGCAGUGAGCCCUUCCAGCUGCUCCACCCUGGAGCUUUGUAGCAAGACAUCCUGGAGCUCGCUGUCCCCAGACCCAAAAUCGGAACUGGGGACCAUCAAGCCCGAUGGGCGUCUGAGGUAGCAGGGGCAGCCGGCAGCACAUUUUGGGGAUCAAGAAAGCGUCCUCCCCCACCCACCUCUUGGCUGACGUGGGGAUAGGGCCGAGGUGCCUCCCUCCUCUUCACAGGGAGAACUCUUGACUCAACAUAGUCUUGUGAAGAUGCACCAUUUUCACAUGAGCAACCUUGAAGAAGGAAUCCUUAAGAAAGCAGACGAAGCAACCUCGUCCGCCUGUGGUGUAACGAUGCUGCAGAGGUAGAGGGACUGGACACACACACAUACAUACACACCAGUCUCGGGACUGGCUGGAGAGAAGGAGUGGACUGGAGGAGCUGGUAUAUUUAGGAAGCCAAGCUUUGGAAACUUUCAAGCAUGGCAAUUAAAAACGUCCAACUUCCUGGCUCCACCGUACUUAACGUCAGUACGUACACCCUUCUGGACUGUGGACAGUGAUGCUCUGCAAAACUCUGACUCUUUGUUCCCAAAUGGUUGCUGGCAGAGGAUUUGGGGAAAUGGUGGGAUGGGGUAAACGGGGAAAGCAGGAGGCCAAGCUAGCACUGAGUGCGUCUGUCAGUCCUCUGUGCAGGUUGGUACUGGCUUGACGGGCCUCCCUCCUCUCCUCCUGCUCCAUCCUUCUCCAUUCCUAUUUUUUAUACAUAUGUAUGUAUAUAUGAGAACAAAGUGCAAUAGAGACUCCUGCCAUCCCUCCCUGCCAUGCUCUGCUCCCCACUCCGCUUUCAGUGUUUCCAUUUCCUUUUUUUUUUUUUACACUGUAAUGUAAUCUUGUGCCGUUCGGUUUUGUAAGGGUGGGAGGGAGGGUAUAGUACUUGCUGCUCUCCUAUCAGUGUUGAGUGUUUGGAAAUUGCUGCUGGCAUUUGGGAAAGAUUCCCCCCUUCCCGCUUCCUGUUCUCCACAGAGAGAUGCUUUCACUCCUUAGUUGAAAAGCAAGGAGGGAACUAAGACUCUUCUGCAGCAGCCGUGCCAAGGCAGUGGAACUGCCAACUGUGCCAAGCCAAUGUAUCUGCCAGGGUUCUUUGCACCCGGUUGCAAACCUCAUUGCUGGCCUUUCCUGUCGUUCUUCCUCUUUUCGCCCUGAAGUCUAGCCAUCCGUCUGUGUAUUCGUGGUUUGUUACAGAACUGGAGAAAUGGCCCUGCCUCUCCCAUGCGGAGGGCCCCGAGCCCGGUGGCAAGGAGGUCACAACAAAGCACCAAGUUCUCUUGCCCUUGGACCAACAGAUCUACCCACAAGCUUUUUAUGCCAUGAGCUGUUGCCACCGGCCCUGGGCUACUUUUCUUCUUCCUUCAGCUGACUUGACCAUUAAUCCCGCAGGCUGGUGGGCGAUUCUGGGAAUUACAGGGCAAAAAGGGGGGGGGGAGAAAAAGGGUAAGGUUUUCAACCUUUUGCUGUGGACUGGUGUGCCCUUCCGCACAAUCCUUUUCAUUCUGAGAAAGUCUAGGGAGCAUCAUAUGUGGCCGUCCCUAUACAUGCCGCUUUCAGUGGAGAUCCUUGCCCUCUGAAGUUGUGCCGCCCAACCAAAAGCAGUAUUCCCAUCUGCAGAGAGCAAUCUUGCCUGUAUUGAAUGUUGUCUAAUGUCUAAUGAUACUUCAUCUCCUGAUCUGAUCUUUCAAGUGUAUCCUAGUAUCCAGAGUUAAUGACACCCUGCUGAAUUGGGAACAGCCGUGUCUUGGCUAAUUUUCCCUGUUGGUUGUUCCAAAUUGAAAAUGUUUAGACAAAAUAUUCUCUAUUGCAGUAUUGUUUAUCUUUAAUGUGUGCCAUAUCAGAUUCCAGAGGGAAAACAGAUGUGAGAACUUAAGCAGUUUGGGGUCUGCUUAAGUCCCAUCAGCCCCAGCUGGUGUGACCCCUGGCCAGAGAUGAUGGGGGUUGUAAUUCAGUGAAAUCAGGAGUGAACCACCGUUCCCCACCCUGAACCCAAAUGGAUUGACAUAGGGAGAAGCCGUGGCUACUUCUGAAAAGUUUUUCAGGAAGUGGUUACGUCCUCCUCCAUUUCAAUUGGAUCCUGAGGUUCAGAGGUCUGAUGUCUCUGCUGAAUUUUAAGAAUGUUCUGAUCUCAGGAUUCGCUCUGAGCCUUUCAAGAGAGCAGGCUUCCCUCAUUUUUUUUCAAAGCCUGGCUGUCAUUUCUUCCCUGAAUUAAACAUGCGGUUUGCCCACCAUCUCCAGUUCUGGAAGUUCUUUGGAGUUUUGAGAGCUGUGCUGGAGCUAAGCACCGCCAUCCAAAACAAACAAACCUAAGAACAUUGGCCAGACCAAUGGCGUCAUUGAUUAGGACCAAUUCUGACCUGUCUCUGCUCAGUAAAUUCUGCUUGGAUUUCCAGGGGUCAGGGGAAAUGGGGACAGCAGCACCUCUUAGUCUGGAAGAGGGACUCCUUCCAUCUGUUCUGAGCCGAGGAAGCAGGCAGAACUUGAGCUGAAACCUCUUCCCCCCCAAAAAAACACACACACACACAAAAAAGUGAGAAAAGCUUUUGUGUCAGAAGCAUUAUGUAAAGUUGUCUUAAAUAUGCAACACAAAAUAUAUCUAUAUCUCUACAGUG